GAGACGGGAGGGAGAAGAAGGAAGUAGUUUUGCUGUUUGACGCUCGGGUGGUGGAGCUGAGCCCCUCACAAGAAUACUCCUGGCUCUGCCUGCCAUCUGGAAUGUCGAGUCACUUCCUCUGUCUGUGCUGCGCUUUAACAGGGUUGUCCUCUGUGUCUCUGCUCCCACCCUCUGCUCUGACAGCCGUCUGAAGAAGACCACACCGCUUUGGAUGGGUCUCUCCUGACAGCAGCUCACAAACAUCAGGUCUGAAAGAUUAGCGAGACCCCUGGAGUCGCCCACAUCCUCCCGGACUCCCCCCCCCCCCGAUGGAACCAGGACUUGGACAAAAAAAGCGCAAAGACGACUGCAGCCAUCAGCCGAACUUAUAGGGGAGGCUGUUCCUUUUCCCUUAUAUGGCAGCAGAGCUGGGAAGUCAUUUGAAUUAGUCUGGUUUCUGUUGCAUGUCUGUCUGGUUUUAAUGCUGACUGAGUUCCAUCUGGCAUGGCUGCGCAUACGUGAGCUUGUGUGUGGGUGGGAUGUGUGCAACUCAAUUUGUUUGUUUUGCCAGUCUUGGUUCUUCUUUUCCUGUUGUUUGCAUAUAGGGCUUUUUGUUUUGGGACAAGAAGGAGGGCUCAUGUUUGUGGUUUAGCCCGAGGCAGCGUCCUCGCCUCAGCAGUGGCCGCUCCAUUCAGGCUCUGCUGUUGUUUCCUCUGCCUCGUUCCCUUCUCUUCCUUGCUCAGCUGUCACGCUCUGUGUUUGUUGGAUCAACACACACACACACACACACAAAUCAGGAUAUUACCGGGAUGGAGGAUUGGAUCAUCUGCUGAGAAGUGGAGUGCGUCUUGGAGAGGAAUAACCGGGAGAUUUCUUUUUUUUCCUUCACAUCUGCUUCCUUCAGAGCAACAGGAUGGGUGACCCAGAAGCAACCAGGGAGGACCCAGGAAGUGCUAGACUCACGCGAAGGCUUUAAAUACUAGCGCAGACCACAGAGGUUUUCUGAUGCUGCCGACUUGCAAAAGAGAUGAAAUCUCUGCGAGCCUAGGAGAGUAAACCCGUGCUGGAAAUGCACCCUCUGCAGAGUUCCUAACCUCAUGUGGAUUAUUCUCGCGAGCCUUUCUCUCCUCAUCGAUUGCCAUGGCUUCGGCGUCGUGGUACCAUCGUGACAUCAGCCGCGUGAGGGCAGAGGACUUGCUGGCGCGGGCGGGGAGGGAUGGCAGCUACCUGGUGAGAGACAGUGAGUCAGUGCCAGGUGCCUAUGCAUUGUGCCUGCUGUUUCAACGUCAUGUUCACACGUACCGUAUUCUUCCUGACCCGGAUGGUCUUCUGGCGGUUCAGACAACACAGGGCGUGCAGGUGAACUGUUUUCGGACACUGGAGGACUUGGUGUUGGGAUACCAGCAACCCCACAAAGGCCUGGUCAUCCCUCUUCUCUACCCUGUGUCCCACGACACAGACACGGGGGACGAGAGCUCAGACGAUGAGAGGCCGCCUCCCAUCCCAACCUCUGUCAACACAGGGUCCUUCGUGGGAUCUCCAUCAAAACCAGCCCCCCAUUCCUUAUUCCUGGAGAAACUGCUGGAGCUGAAUACAUCAAAUAUUGCAGGUGAAGUGAUUGGCCUGCUCAAUGACUACCUCUUCAGUGAGCUUCCUCUGGACAUCGAGAACGUGCACAAAGGGGCAACAACUUUAUAUCACCUCAAGCGCACUUUGGUUGCAGCCUGCCAAGGCCUCAACAGUGAGAUAGAUCUCACUCUUUCAAGUCUGGAAACCUUGGCCAAAGUCUUCGACCAUCCCAGCUGCUCUUUAACUCCCAUCAAGGCACAGGGUCCAGAGAAGGAAAUUGAGAGCUUGUUGUGUAAAAUCUCAGCUUUGAUCAGCCUCCUUUCUUCGCUGGAAAAAAAGGUUUUACAAGCAUUGCAAGAUGCAGUGACCAAUCACAACCUGGCAGUGCAGCCCAGCCCACCGCCUCCUGAAUCAGCACCCACCACAGUAACGCCUGUGAAGAACAACAGCAGACAGCUGCCUGUCCACUCAUUUCAGGUGAAGAUGGUGAGGUACGGCAGACAAACCGUGUCUGUGGAUGUGGAUUCAGGAGUCCUGCUGUUUCACAGGAAGGCGGGCUCAUUUGGUGUUGAGAGGGUCUCCUAUAACAGAAUUCUUCAGAUCGUCCGGUUUCAAAACUAUCCAGCCAAGAUCCGAAUGGUUGUUGACAGCUACCUCAGCACACCGCAGGAGAUGACGUUUGAGAGUGCUCGAAAAUGUGGCUCGUUCUGCCAGCUCCUCCUGCUGAUGAAGUCCAGGCACUCUCAGCUGGACGAACCUGAUGUGAUCUCCGUGUUUGUUGGCACCUGGAAUAUGGGUGGUACUCCUCCUCCUCGAAGCUUGCAGUCGUGGGUGACCUGUUGUGGUUUGGGAAACACUCCUGACGAGACGACCGCUUUGCUUCCUCAUGACAUCUACGCGUUAGGGACUCAGGAAAACCCUCAAGGGGAGAGAGAGUGGACAGAACAAAUCAAAGCGACUCUUCGCAGCUACACUCAAGUCGACUUCAAACUAGUGGCAGUGCAGUCCCUCUGGAAUAUGAGGCUGGCCGUGUUUGUGAAGCCGGAGCAUGAGAGUCGCAUCAGCCAUGUGAACACAGCCAGUGUGAAGACUGGUCUUGGGAACACUUUGGGAAACAAGGGAGGAGUUGGAGUCUCCUUCCUCUUUAAUGGAACAUCUUUUGGGUUUGUUAAUUGCCACCUGACGUCUGGAAGUGACAAAGUGCUCAGGAGGAAUCAGAGCUUUGUGGACAUCCUCAGGCUGCUCUCCCUGGGCGACAAACAGCUCUCGGCCUUUGAUAUCAGCCUGCGUUUCACCCAUCUUUUCUGGUGUGGAGAUCUCAACUACAGGCUUGACCUGGAUGUACAGGACAUCCUGAAACAUGUUUCCAAAAGAGAAUUCGAGGAACUCAUGUUUGCAGACCAGUUGACUCGAGAAAGACAAAAAAGGAAGGCCUUUUUCAAUUUCAAGGAAGAGAAGAUCACAUUUCCACCCACCUACCGGUAUGAGAGAGGUUCCAGAGACUGCUACCUUUGGCAGAAGUACAAGACAUCAGGAGUGCGAGUUAAUGUUCCAUCAUGGUGUGACCGGAUUCUAUGGAAGUCCUACCCAGAAACACACAUCAUCUGCACAGCAUAUGGUUGCACUGAUGACAUCUUUACAAGCGAUCAUUCGCCUGUUUUUGCCACCUUCGAAGUGGGAGUGAUGUCGCAGUGCAGCUCCAAAUCAGAUUUAAAUACCAGCGUUGAAAGGGCCUGGAUUGAAGUUGAGGAAAUCGACACCAUAGUGAAGACGGCAAGCAAGGCAAAGUUCUUCAUUGAGUUUCAUUCCUCGUGCCUUGAAGAGACACAACGCUCCAGUGAGAAUAAUUUACAAAGCUGUGAUAUUCCUGGGUUUCUCAAACUGGGCUGGACCUGCAAGCAGCUCCCAAAGCUCAUUCCAGUCUUGUCUGAUCUGGAGUACCUUCAGGAUCAGCACUUGCUGUUAUCUGUGAAGUCAUGCGAUGGAUUCGAAUCAUACGGUGAAUGUUGUGUUGCUCUGCGGUCAGUGAUGAGUGCGUCGCAGAAAUUUGAGACAUUUCUGAGUCACCGCGGUGAGGAGAUGGGCUCCAUACGAGGACGGGUCAGAGUUCAUGUGCCCAAGGACAGGAGAGGAACUCGGCCGAAGGUUUAUGACUUGUUCUGUUUUGAGAAAGACGAUAAAGGUCCUGGAAAGGAACACGUGUCUCUUGCAGCAACACGGAUCCCAGUGACUAGGGCAUCGGGAGUCCCUGUUAAACCUACGGCGAACAGCUACACCAACCCUGCCUACUUCAUCUUUGAAGGUGUGUCAGUUCCACACAGGGCGGAAGUGGCCAUUUCUCAGCGAAGGGACCCACCGGUGAUCUGGUCUGGAAACGAGGCCCUGCAGCUUCCAAAAGUUUCAGGGCGGCAGGGCUUUGACAGGAAACCCUGCCGCAGAUCCGACUUUACCGAAAUUGAAAUUCCAGCCAUCCUGUCCCGGUGCAAUCUAACAAAAGACCUCCAUCCGUCCCAAACCAACUCGUCCUAUCAGCUCUUUCCAGCCCAAAGCCCAUCUCCGAUGCGUCCUCCUUCAAGAAACGCCAUCCCUCAGUUCCAGGAAAAGACUUCGCAAAUCAGAGACCAAUACCAGGGAAAACUAAAUGUUGUUCAGGACUCCAUGCAGCCUGAGAGCAACAUGCAACAAGCAAACCACUUAGAAAUCAUAAAGGAAAAAAACAGAAGAGAUAAACACCACCUUCUCACCAGGAGGACAAAUGCCAUCCACACAAAGUCCCCUUCAAUCCUGCCUUAUACCCCCACCCCCUUAUCCCAUUGUCAGCACUCUGUUUCCUGGAUCAGCGAUAAGCAGCCCCCAACCGGAGACAACUCCCUCACUGCUUUGCAAAUUGCCAAGUCUCUUAGUGAGGUUGACUUCUUCCCUUCAGAGGAGAAAGUACCAUCCACAGUCAGGCAGCGGGCGAGUUAUGGAAAUGGCCCCUCCAUGCAUGGAGACAGAGGCUACAGCAGGGAUGUGGAGGUGUCUGUCCUGAAAGGUGCACCAGAAACUGUGCAGGAGCUUCUUAGUACCUUAGGUCUUCAAAGGUACACCCCGGGACUUAGCUUCAAUGGCUGGGAUGAUCUGGAUUAUUUCAGUGGGAUCACUGAGGAGGAUCUGUGUGCCGCAGGUGUAACAAACCCCUCACAUCGGCGCAGGAUCCUGGAAAACCUUCCCAGGAACUGGAACUGACUGAGAGACGAUCGUACAAAGUCCUGUUCUGUGCUGCUCUUAACUUGAACUGGAGAAACUUUCAGAACUGAAAAGAGCUUGCUCUGACCUUAAGAAGCAUCACAUUUGCUGGACACCUAUCGUAUUUUAAUCUACUCAGCUAAAACUGUAACACAAGGUUACCUGUGCCAAAACAGAGAAGGAAACAUAAUGCAUGAAGUGCUUAUUGUACAUUAUAUGUUGUUCGGCAACAUCUUAGAUAACUGACCAAUAAAUGGAAGAAAUUAUAAUGAUAUUAAAGCCUUGGUACAAAAACGAGUUCUGUUCAAGUUAAUGUUUACCACCCAUUUUCCACUGUGUACAUUUCUUGUACUUAGCUUUUAUUGAGCCACAGUAACAGGUCUAAUAAUAAAUCAAAAGAUCAUUAGAUCCAACAAUA